CCAAAUGUCGCCAUCGAUCAAUGACGUUUUGUGAAGUUGAAUUUAUUGAUAUAAAGCGUUAAUGUAAAUAAUAAACAAUUCCAACAUAAACGUCGGCUUCCAGUCGAUAUGUAUGCCAAGGGCAAAGGCUCUACAGUGCCUUCGGACGCUCAAGCUCGUGAGAAGUUGGCACUUUAUGUGUACGAGUACUUGCUACACGUUGGGGCGCAGAAAGCGGCACAGACAUUUCUCUCCGAAAUACGAUGGGAGAAGAAUAUAACGCUCGGAGAACCCCCCGGGUUCUUGCAUUCGUGGUGGUGCGUGUUUUGGGAUCUGUAUUGCGCGGCGCCUGAGAGACGUGAUUCGUGCGAACACUCAUCAGAAGCGAAGGCUUUUCACGAUUAUGGGUUUGUCAAUUCCGGGUACGGAGUGAAUGGAAUUGGACAUAAUGCCGGACCAGCGCCACCUAAUGACGGUAUGGGAGGCGGGGGUAUGCCACCAGGAUUCUUCCCCAAUUCAUCACUGCGGCCGUCGCCUCCCGCACCACAUCCAGGCUCUCAGCCAUCCCCGCACGGACCACAGGCGCAGCUGAUGGGCACAGGCCAGCCGUUUAUAGGGCCGUGGUAUUCUGGUGGUCCACGGUCAGGAGUCAGGAUGGGGAUGGGCAAUGACUUUAAUGGACCUCCAGGUCAAGGUAUGAUGGGCAACUCUUUGGAGCGAGGCGGUGGCGGCGGCGCGGCGCUGCUGGGCGGGCCGCGUAUGACCCCGCCCCGCCCUGGUUGUGGGCCCAUGAGCCCUGGAGCCUAUGCAGCAGGCAUGCGAGGUCCACCGCCACAAGGACCAGGCAUGCCACCAAUGGGCAUGGGCCCCCGUAGUGCGUGGUCGGGCGGCGGUGGGGGUGGGGGCGCAGCACCGCUCAACUAUAGCGGGGGCUCGCCGGGCGCGUACGGAGCCCCGCCGGGCUCCAACGGCCCGCCGGGACCCCCGACACCGAUCAUGCCUAGCCCGCAAGACUCCUCUAACUCAGGCGGUGACAACAUGUACACACUGAUGAAGCCGGUGGGGGGCGGAGCGCUAGGGUCGGAGUUCCCGCUCGCCGGCGAGCACGGGCCCGCGCCGCCGCACCUGCCGCAGCCGCCCGCCGCGGAAGGGCUAGGCGGAGUGGACGGCAUGAAAUCGUCCCCGGGGGGCGUCGGCGGCGGGGGGCCGGGGACUCCGAGAGAGGACUCUGGAUCAGGAAUGGGUGAUUACAACUUAAGUUUCGGUGGUCCCGGUGGGGAUCAAAAUGACCAGACGGAAUCAGCAGCGAUAUUGAAAAUAAAGGAAAGCAUGCAAGAAGAGGCGAAACGUUUCGAGAAGGAUCCCGAUCAUCCGGACUAUUUUAUGCAAUGAACGAUACGUCGAUCCCGCCAACUUGAUAAAUAAACAUUGAAAUAUCGGCGUAUUCCAAUCCAAAUGAAGGCUUAAGUUCAUUUUUACUUUGACUCUAGCAGAGAUUGCGAUCAAACAAGUUUGGGAGUAACUUACUUGUGACGUCAUUACUUGACGUUAGGUUGAGGUUAGAACUUGUGACCAAUGUUAUGUGCCAGCUUAAUACGUGAACACUAACUCCGGCACUCAGAGUUAAAGAGAGUUGUGUAG